CGCGCGCUGAGCUCCAAGCAAAACAGCAAACUAGCUGUCAGCUCGCCAUAUUUUGAUAGUUUAUUGGAUAUUGAGUAUUCUUGCGGUCACUAAAAUGCCAUCAUCGUCAGAUUUCGACCCAGCUUGCUUACCGGAUAUCUUACCGCUUUACUACCGACGACUGUUCCCCUUCUCCCAGUACUAUCGGUGGCUAAACUAUGGGGGAGUUCAGAAGAACUACUUUCAGAACCGGGAGUUCUCCUUCACUUUGAGAGACGACAUCUACGUCCGAUACCAGUCCUUCAGUACACAAGCUGAGCUGGAGAAGGAGAUGCAGAAGAUGAACCCGUACAAAAUUGACAUCGGAGCUAUAUACAGCCACAGGCCCAACCAACACAACACUGUCAAGUCAGGAACUUUCCAGGCACUUGAGAAAGAGCUGGUGUUUGAUAUUGAUAUGACAGACUAUGAUGAUGUCAGAAGCUGUUGCAGUGCUGCAGACAUUUGCUCCAAGUGCUGGACACUCAUGACCAUUGCCAUACGGAUCCUCGAUCGAGCGCUCAGAGAGGAUUUUGGUUUCCAGUACCUUUUGUGGGUUUACUCUGGCAGAAGAGGAGUACAUUGUUGGGUCUGUGAUGAAUCAGCCAGGAAGCUGUCAGUGGCAGCACGUUCUGCUGUGGCAGAAUACCUCAGCCUUGUAAAGGGUGGUGAUGAGAUGGUGAAGAAAGUAGUUCUGUCUGAUCCAAUUCACCCCUUCAUCAGAGAGUCUUUAUCUGUGGUGGAACGAUACUUUCCAAAGUAUGCUCUGCAAGACCAAGACAUACUGAGUGGGAAAAAGUCUGUCGACAAAGUGUUGGGACUCAUCCCUGAAGAUGCAAGAAAAGAAUUACAACAGGAUUUCCAAAAUGAGAAGAAACCAGAGAGUCGGUGGAAACUAAUACAAGAUCAAGCCAAACGGAAACAGGGCACUUCCAAAAAGGGCCACCACUUUGAGAAAGAAAUCAUGCUGCAGUACUGUUACCCACGGCUCGACGUCAACGUCAGUAAGGGAGUCAAUCAUUUACUGAAGAGCCCCUUCAGUGUGCACCCCAAAACUGGUCGAAUUUCUGUCCCCAUUGACCUAAAGCACUUGGAUUCAUUUGAUCCUUUUGCUGUUCCUACAAUCAGUAUGAUCUGUGAGGAGCUGGAUCGCCCCAAACCUGGGGAAGAAGAAGAAGCUUACGAGAAAGAAUCUGAAGAUGGGGCAGAGAAAAGAAAGAUCAGAGACUACAAAAGAACCAGCCUUGCCAAGUACGUCAAGUUCUUCGAUCAGUUUCUGGACGACCUCUGUCGAUCAUGGAAAGGAGAGCUUCUUAAGAAAAGUGACCUUCAGAAAGAUUUCUGACCUGGAUGGAAUCCAUGAUAAACUGAGCUGAUAACACACACAACCUGUUUGUUGUGUAGGAAUGUGGUUUUUCAGCCAGAGAUGAUCUUAGUUUGAGAGAAAAUUUUUUUUUGAGUAUUGAUUAAAAAAUAAGUUGUUCAUUGCUGCUCCCAGUCUACAUUAAUCCGUUUGCUUUUGUUUUACAUUUACAUUUUAUUAGCAUGAUGAUUUGUAAGUCGGUACUCUGUGGGUCCCACCAACAACCUUGGAGGGUUUCAACUAACAUAAGGGGAGUAAACAACGUGGGACACUUCUCAUCUGUCACUUUGGUGUGACAGCCAAUAAGUUAUACAAUUUUAAAUUCAUUCUUUAGUUGAGAACUUAAAACAGGUGAUGUGGGAAAUCAUUUAUUGUGUGCUAUUCAAGGUUUUUUUUUUUUACUUCAUGGGAAGGAUGUAUGUUUUAGGAUGUUGACUCAGCAGUCCUAACUGGAAACGGGUAUUCCUGGCAGCGGACACAGUAUUUUGCUUAAUCCUCUCUUAUAAGUAAAGUUUUCAGGCAACAGUAAUAUUAUUUCAAACCAUAACACACAGAUACAUAAAUUAUACACGCCAAUUUGAGUAGUUCUGACAAUUUCCUGGCACAGUAAAUGAAAAAAAUGAAUCAAUAACGUCA